GUGUCUUGCACAAAGAUGGAUGAUGUUAUUGAUUUAUACGUAGUUCCAAUCUUCGUGAAGUACAUUAAUCGCUGGACAGGGAAAAGGGAGAUCCCAAAACCAAGGCACUUAGGACGUAAGACGAGUCAAACAAAGUCCACUCCUAAAGGCGUGGAUCUAAACGAUCGUGAUUCUUAUGACGUGGUGGUAGUGGUGGGAAUGAAAGAUGGACAACCAUACACCAAAGACGCCUACAGAAAUGACCGAGCUUUAGGCCUUGGAUACCGUCUGUCUAAAGAGGACGUAUGCCCCUCUUCUAUGAAUGUAAAGAGAGUCCAUUGUUCCGAGGAGAGGGCUGCUUUCCCCAAAGACGUAUUUUUUACACAGGUUAAAACUAAGAAGGAUAAUGACCCCACCUAUGAAAUGGAGAGACGGGCAAAGUGUCCUAGAACCCUGGAAGAAUACUACGGUUACAACACCGAGUCAAGACGGGCACGUGAGUACUCGCUUUAUUCCAAUAGAGACAGAGAGACACCCACAGUGCAUAACGUUCAGUGCUGCUGUACUGAAGAUGACCACAGAAGGCGAGAGGCCUGGAACCAUUACCAGAUGGACUACAUGGGGCGGGACGCCUCAGACAACAUCAUCCAGAAAAUCGUCAAUACGAUUCUAACUCGCCAGUAUCACCCCUUUACUCGUGAAUAUGACCCACAUUUCAGGGAAACCUUCAUCGGACACCAUCCCUACAACUGCCCCUCCGCGGAGCCCCCUCCUCCAACUUUCCGGAUUAGAAAAAUAAUUGAAUAGAAAUUUGUGUGAAAAUCAGAAAAUUGUGCCCUAGAGAGAGAGAUAGAGAAGUUUUGCUUCAGGCCAGGAGAUGGACUGCUGUAUGGGCAUAAGUUUACAGGAUGGUUAGACAUAGUGAGCAACGAGCAACAAAGAGGAACAGCUGAAACGCAAUACUUUAUCUGAGACUAUCUUGGGAUAUCUUAAAAGUCAUAGAAGUUUUGUCACAAUCAAAUGAAAACUUGUAUUCUUCAGUAGCCUUAAUGUUCGAAGAACAAAAAUUAAAACAUGCAAGCAAUCUCA